UACGAAAAUAACCCCGUCGUUUACUCUCCCUCAGAGGAUCUUGCUUUGCUUUGAUCUGUUCAUUGUUGCGUUUGGAUCUUAAUUUGUGAUGGCGGGAGAUGAAGGAACUGAGGUUUACGAGGAAGGAGAGGAUUCCAUUGAUGUGAAUAACGAAGUUGAGCUGGAAAAGGAGGGAGGAGGAGGAGAUGAGAAGGUGUUGCAGUUCCUCGAUUCGUUGGAUGAGUAUUUAACGCUCAUGGAUUCUCUCAAUUCAAAGCUUCGAGAUGGAUGGUUUGAUCUAGCUAGUGCUAGGCAUUCUAUGGGAACUCUCCGUAUCAACAGCACUCUUUUGGACCUCAAGUUUCAUCCCGCUGCUUCAACUUUGCAAGUAACGGAACAAGAUGUUGAGUCUUUGGGAUCAGUACCUCGUUUUGGUUUGUCCAAGUGGGCUUCCAAGGGUGGUAGUGGGAAAGGCAAAGACUUCUCUACUGAUGCAGAUUCGGAGAUAGGCUCACCUCGUAGCCCACAGCUACGGCAUCGAGGAGGCGUUUCUGAGGAGAAACCAUCAGCCAUGGGUGAAACCGUGCUAGCAGCUGAUGAAGAGGUUAAGAGAGAACGAGAGAAGUCUCUAUCUGUAUUCGGAGGUCUAGUCUCGCCUAAGCUGCGUGGUGCUCAACUCUCAUUUGAAACAGCUCUUGAAACUCUUGUGGAGAUAGCCAACACUCGAUCAUCCAUGCUAACUGCCUUUGAGCGGAUCACAAAGAAGUAAAGACUGAUCAAUGUGCUCAAUGGAUUUCAAAAUAGUGUCGACGUGUCAAAGGGAGAUCGAAUGUGCCACGUUCGGUGUAAACACAGAUUUGUUUCAAUCUGAUUAAAUUUUACCAUAGUUUCUUACAGACAUGAGCUAAAAGCAAGAUCUUGUACAAGAUUUUUUUUUUUCACCAAAGACGAACAAGUAUUUUUUUUGAUAUAAAGCAAAUGAAUUCAUAAGCA